AUGCAGCGGGUUUUUAAUGAGGCUUGGGGGGAGGGGGCCCAGUCUCCAUCCCAGAAGCUCAGCUUCUCAGACAACCGGGUCCUCCAACACCCUGCUCUCAUCCCAGCGACUCAGCCCCCAGACAGCUGGGUCCUCAGCCCCCAAACUCUGCGACUCGGCUCCCUGGACACCUGGGUCCUCUGGACAACUGGGGUAGGGGACUUCUUCCCUGUACCCAUCUGCCAAUCUCAGCGGAGGUCUGACUACAAGGAGCUCCAGAGGAGACUAAGGGAUGGGAAGGUGACACCAUUUGCCCAGGGUCACACAGCUAAUGUCCAAGGGAGUAUUGGAGCCCAGAUCUUCCUUACUCCAAGGAUCCUGUGGGCAGAGGAGGAUGUAACAAAAGAUGGGGACAUGUGGAACGCAGUGCAGAGGAAGCUUGAGGUGGAGAGGACUCUUAGCUUCCGAGAAAGGAUUGGGGCAAGCACGGCCCCUCCCCCGCUGCCCCGGUGGUGGCCGGCGGCCCCCCGGCUGCCAGCCUUCAGACUGGAGUCCCUGAAGCGCUGGACAGAGGCUCGGGGCCUGUGGUGUGAGAAGGGUGUCCAGGUGCUGCUGACCACGGUCGGUGCCUUCGCCGCCUUCGGCCUCAUGACCAUCGCCAUCAGCACCGAUUACUGGCUUUACACCAGAGCUUUCAUUUGCAACACCACCAACCUGACCGCUUCUGCCUCCGAGGACCCCCCAGCUAGAGGUCCUGGCGGCGUGGCAGAGAAGAGGGAUCCUGGGGGUCUGACCCAUUCGGGCCUCUGGAGGAUCUGCUGCCUCGAAGGGCUGAAGCGGGGUGUCUGUGUGAAGAUUAAUCAUUUCCCAGAAGACACAGAUUACGACCAUGACAGUGCAGAGUACCUACUCCGUGUGGUCCGAGCAUCCAGCAUCUUCCCCAUUCUCAGCGCAAUCCUUCUGUUGCUGGGGGGCGUGUGUGUUGCUGCCUCUCGAGUCUACAAGUCCAAACGGAACAUCAUCCUGGGGGCUGGUAUCCUGUUUGUAGCUGCUGGCCUCAGCAAUAUCAUCGGCGUGAUCGUGUACAUCUCGGCGAACGCGGGCGAGCCGGGCCCCAAGCGCGACGAGGAGAAGAAGAGCCACUAUUCGUACGGCUGGUCCUUCUACUUCGGGGGGCUCUCCUUCAUCCUGGCCGAGAUGAUCGGCGUGCUCGCGGUGAACAUUUACAUCGAGAGGAACCGCGAGGCUCACUGCCAGUCCCGGGCGGACCUCCUCAAGCCCGGCGGUCGGGCCGGGAGCAGCGGCGGCGGCGGGGGCGGCGGGGGAGGCGGCGGGGGUCCCCCAUCAGCCAUCCUCCGCCUGCCCAGCUACCGCUUCCGCUACCGCCGCCGCUCGCGCUCCAGCUCCCGCUCGAGCGAGCCUUCGCCCUCCCGGGACACGUCGCCCCAGGGCUUCCCCUCCACGGACAUCUCCAUGUACACGCUGAGCCGCGACCCUUCCAAAGGCAGCGUGGGUGCCGGGCUCGGGGGACCGCCAGGAGGCGGCGGCGGCGGCAGCAGCGGCGGGGGCGGGGGCGGAGUGGGGGGUCCAUACGGGACGGCUGAGCGGGAACGGUCCGGCUCGGGCUUCCUGACGCUGCAUAACGCUUUCCCCAAGGAAGCCAGCGGGGUGACGGUGACCGUGACCGGUCCGGGCUCCGCCCCCGGGGCCACCGGGACCCUGAGCAAAGAGGCGGCAGCCAGUGGGGCGUCCAACACCAACACCCUGAACAGGAAAACCACGCCGGUGUAG